AUGGCAGAAACACCUUUGACAAAUGGCAGUGGCUCGCCACGCACGCCCAGACUGAGCUCUCUUGCGAUGACUGAAUACUCCGCAUAUCCUUCCCCGCCUAAUGAGAGGCAGGGCCUGCCUCCGGACUGGGAAAUCCCAGAGGCUUUCCUACUUCCAAAUGGAUAUCCAGACUACUUGCGGUUGAUUCUUACCUCCCGCGUCUACGAUGUUGUCAAAGAAACACCUCUAACUCACGCUGUAAACAUGAGCAACCGUCUGCGUCGCACAGCCCCCGUUUUCGUGUGCUGUUUCCAUGUCUUCCCUACUCACUUUGACGACCUAGGAAACCAUGCCCAGGGUGUUGCGUACUCUGCACGGACAUUGAAAAUCCCCGCUACCAUCGUGAUGCCCUCAGGUACCCCUGCCAUCAAGCACCGAAAUGUCGCAAGAUUAGGUGGGACAGUUGUACUGCAUGGUCGUGAUUUCGAUGCAGCAAAGCAGGAAGCUGCCAGACUUUCCAAACUACAUGAUCUUACGAACAUCCCCCCUUUUGAUGACCCGUAUGUGAUUGCUGGGCAAGGCACCUGCGGAAUGGAGCUGCUGCGACAAUCCAACAUACAGAAUCUCGAAGCUGUGUUUUGCUGUGUAGGUGGAGGAGGCUUAAUCGCUGGUAUCGGAGUUUACAUCAAGCGAAUUGCACCACAUGUCAAACUCAUUGGGGUAGAAACGCACGAUGCGAACGCAAUGGCAGAGUCUCUAGCGAACGGUGAGAGGGUUACUUUGAAUGAAGUCGGAUUAUUUGCAGACGGCGCGGCCGUGCGGGCCGUUGGCGAAGAAACCUUUCGGUUAUGCAGAGAGGUGGUAGAUGAUAUCAUUCAGGUUUCGACCGAUGAGGCAUGCGCAGCCAUCAAAGACAUCUUUGAAGACACGAGGUCAGUGGUGGAGCCGGCUGGCGCUCUCUCACUUGCCGGUCUGAAGAAAUACGUCGCGAUGAAUCCAUCGCCGAAUCCGAACCGAGAGCUUGUGGCCGUGACAUCUGGAGCGAAUAUGAACUUCGACAGAUUACGUUUUGUAGCUGAACGUGCUACGUUAGGUGAGCGGAAGGAGGCGCUGCUGAGUGUCACCAUUCCCGAGCGCCCAGGCUCAUUCGCGAAGCUGCUCGAGAUCUUGACUCCGCAUGAUGUCACGGAGUUCAGCUAUCGCUUCUCUGGCAGUGAAUAUGCUGUGGUGCUCAUGGGCAUAUCAUUGGCCACUUCGACCGGGACAGAAGAUUUGAGCGUUAUAGUAAAUCAGUUACUAAAGAAUGGGAUGAGAGCGUAUGAUCUAAGUGACGAUGAGCUCGCAAAGACACAUAUCCGGUAUCUUGCUGGUGGACGGAAUAACGUCGAGGAUGAAAGACUCUUCAUGUUUGAAUUCCCCGAACGCCCUGGAGCCUUGGCAAAAUUCCUCACAACUCUCAGACCCCAUCAAAAUAUCUCAUUAUUCCACUAUCGCAAUUAUGGAAGUGAUGUGGCCAAGGUCCUUGCUGGGAUUCAGUGCCCAGUCACAGAGAAGGCUGAGCUCGAGGGUUUCUUGCACGAUUUAGGAUACCCAGUCACUGAGUGCACAGAUUCGCCCGUUUACGAGAUGUUUCUACGAGAGUGA